AUGGACGCAUUUCUUGAGGAAUACGGGCUUGGUCCCGCCCCCGUGUAUACGGUUAAGGACGUCGUGGCGCAGACCUUCAUCCAGGCCUACGCAAACCAUCUGAAGAAGAGAGGGAAGUUCCAGGUCCCCAUGUGGGCGGAUUUGGUAAAGACAGGAUAUGGCAAGAGCCUGGCCCCUCAGGACCCAGACUGGAUCUUCAAGCGUGCGGCGGCGAUUUUGCGUCACCUCUAUCUCCGCCCAAGCUGCGGCGUGGGGGCUUUCAGGAAGUUCUUCUCCUGCAAGACCGGCAAAAAGUGCAUUCCAGGACACACUAGCAAGGCUAGUGGGAAGAUCAUCCGUUAUAUUCUUCAGCAGUUUGAGGCUAUGGGGCUUGUGGAGUCUCGCCCGGACAAUGGCAGACGGUUGACUAAGCUUGGUCAGAAGGAGCUGGACGUCAUCGCUCGCCAGUGCGUUGCCUCGCCUACAGCGUGA